AUGAAAGGACUUGUGGUCUUGGCUUCGGGCAACAGUCCCAAUACUGAUGGCAUUCACGUACAACUAUCAUCUGAUGUGACCAUACUCAACUCCAAAAUAGGCACAGGAGACGACUGCAUAUCCAUCGGCCCUGGGACAUCUAGCUUGUGGAUUGAGAAUAUUGUUUGUGGGCCAGGCCAUGGAAUAAGCAUCGGAAGUCUAGCAAAGGACUUAGAAGAGGCUGGAGUGCAAAACGUGACCAUUAAAAAAGCUUUAUUUUCACGCACCCAAAAUGGGGUGAGAAUCAAGGCAUGGGGUAGGCCAAGCAAUGGGUUUGUUAAGAAUAUUCUCUUCCAACAUAUUGUCAUGGACAACGUACAAAAUCCAAUUGUCAUUGACCAAAAUUAUUGCCCAAGUCACAAAGAUUGUCCGGGUCAGGCUUCAGGAGUCAAAAUCAGUGGCGUGACGUACCAAGACAUUCACGGAACAUCAGCCACUCAAAUUGCAGUGAAAUUCGAUUGUAGUCCAACAAAUCCAUGCAGUGGAAUAAAAAUGGAAGACGUACAACUUUCUUAUAAGGAUCAAAUAGCUGGAGCGACAUGUAGCCACGUAGGAGGAACUGCUACUGGUCGUGUUGAACCGAGUAGUUGCUUGUAG